AUGCUUCAGACAGACAGUCCCCGGACCUCCGAGGAGGGGACAGCUGCUGAGACUCGGCGGGGUGACUGCAUCAUCUGCUACUCGGCCUACGACCUCACCAGGCACUUGCCGCGCCGCCUCUACUGUGGCCACACCUUCUGCCAGGCGUGUGUGCGGCAUCUGGACACGCGGGCCCACGAGCAGCGCUGGAUCCCCUGCCCGCAGUGCCGCCAGAGCACGCCCACGCCCCGUGGAGGAGUGGCCAUGCUGGACCUCGACCUGGCCGCCUUCUUGGCAGUCAAGGCCGAGCAGGAGCCGUCUCGCGUGGAGCCCCAGCCCCCUGCGCCCCUUAAAGGUGGCACCGCCAUCACUCAGCAGCCAGCCAGGCUCUGCCCCACCUUGGGCCCCCAGCCCCACUUCUUCCAGCCCAGAUGCUGCUGCUGGGGCUGCGGCAACCUCUGCUGGGAGCCCCCAGGCAGCCCCGAGGUCUGAGCUCCACUGCA